GCCCACGUGGUCCCCCGGCCCUCCCGAAGCGCCCGCGAGUUCGCGGCUGCGCCUCGGCCGCUUACCUCAGUAGCCAGGUGUCGGCGCGCAGGUGGCUGCUCCACCCGGGCGGCGCGCGGUUCCGGGCUCCGAGACGCCGCGGGGCUGAGUGGGUGGGUGGGAGCGGGGGGUCCCCGGAGCGCGCUCGGUUGGCGGCGCCGCCCUCCGCGCCCCCGGCGGGGCGAUGGUGGUGCUCUCGGUGCCCGCGGAAGUCGCCGCCAUCCUGUUGGACGUCGAAGGUACCACAACCCCGAUUGCGUUCGUGCAGGACAUUCUAUUUCCUUACAUCAAAGAAAAUGUUAAAGAGUAUCUGCAGACGCACUGGGAAGAAGAGGAGUGCCAGCAGGAUGUCAGUCUUCUGAGGAAGCAGGCUGAAGAGGACGCGCACCUGGACGGGGCCGUCCCCAUCCCCGGGGCGUCUGGGAGCGGCGCGCAGGACCCGCAGCGCACGAUCCAGGCCGUGGUGGACAACGUGUGCUGGCAGAUGUCCCUGGACCGCAAGACCACGGCCCUCAAGCAGCUGCAGGGCCACAUGUGGAGGGCGGCGUUCGCGGCCGGGCGCAUGAAGGCAGAGUUCUUUGCAGACGUAGUCCCAGCGGUGAGGAAGUGGAGAGAGGCUGGGAUGAAGGUGUACAUCUACUCUUCAGGGAGCGUGGAGGCGCAGAAGCUGCUAUUUGGGCAUUCCACAGACGGAGAUAUUCUGGGGGUAGUUACUUGCUUUGCUUUGCUCUUUGACACUAAAUUAGGCCGGGCGCGAGAAUCAGAGAGUUGGCCGUCGGUGUCGGAAAACAUACGCUCCACCUCCCGGCACGUUUGUGAACGCGGUCUGGUUCCCGCAGAGGCCAGCGCGGCGGAGGCGGCCGGCGUGCACGUGGCCGUGGUGGUGAGGCCGGGCAACGCGGGGCUGACGGACGACGAGAAGACGUACUACAGCCUCAUCACGUCCUUCAGCGACCUGAGCCUGCCCUCCUCGGCCUAGGGGGUGCGCCUCGCGGACUCGCCCCGGGCGUCUGGUUUUACCCUGACGGGGAGAGCGACCUGCUUAAGAAAUCCGUGUGCGUGCACACACGUGUCCAAGCCUGCACGUGUGUGUGCUCACCGUGACUGCCGCGUGAGUGAGGAGCAAGUCUCCCUUCAGUGGAAACAGAACUUGUUUAAAGAUGCUUUAUUACGUAGGAAUUGUUUGCAGCAGUACCCUAACCCUUCAGGAGGACGGAGUGUCGCUGAUAGAAGAAAUUGCUAAAGCACAGAUCUUAAUGUGUCACGUUGAUCAAGUCACGCGCCGAAAUGGAAAGGUAGUUUUGAGAAGUUAUUCAGAAGCCUUGUUUUAAGAACUGAAAUUGUUGCAAAGGCUUGUUUCUUUAAAUCUUAUGUGUUAUGUUGAUCAAGUCCUGUACCGAAAUGGAAAGGUAGUUUUGAGAAAGUAUUCAGAAGCCUUGUUUUAAGAACUGAAAUUGUUGCAAAGACUUAUUCCUAAUAGUAAUUAGAAGUAAGUCUGAUUUAGCCCCUGUCUAAUUGUAAGUUAGAAAUCACAGCAGCUCCCUUUCGUAUUUGUCUCCCCGUAUAUUGCAAGGCAAAAGGUUUUUUUUUUUCUGCUUCAGAACAGAGCAAAAUCAGGAAAGAUUGCUGCCUUGAGUCUUGAUCAAUCAAGUAUCUGUUACUCAAGAAGAAACUGGAUAAUUAUUGUGGCACUCGCAGCAAGCAGCUGCCUACCAGGGGAAAAGGCACACCCGUGUAACUGGCUAAAAUAUAAAAUAGAGGUGUGUUCUUAAUGUGUAACAAAGCAGUCCUGGCCGGCCGGGUUCCGUGGCUCAGGCAGCAGGACAAAAAACAGUCCUAAUUCUGCUGGUUAUCAGUAUAGACGUUCUAGUUGCCUUUCUAACUACUUCUUAGCACAGUUUGAGAGUAUAUGUUCAUUGCCAUUUACUAUUAAUAAAAAAAAGAUUUUACUGAAAUCAGUUGAUAAGAACAAGAAGAGCCCUAAUAUGUAAUAUUUUCCUUUGACCUGGAUGUGAGAAAUGUAAAUUUUAUAACAGCAUUAUUCUGAUUGAGUUCUAAUACAAUGUCAUGCCAAUUUCACGCUGUGAUUAAUAAAAGCAUUUUCUUCUCCA